AAGUGAUGUGGUUAUGAUGAUUGCGGGAGCGUACGUGCCUUACAUAGUGAGGCUAUUAUAUAAAGGAAGAAAUACCUGGGAGCUGAUUGGGGAAACCUACUGUUACGGCUUCAUGUUAGGGGAAGCGCUGAAACUACUAGACCUGAAGUGGGAGACUAUGGAGAUCGUGUAAAGGCUGAAAAAAUGGGUAUAUCAACGUUGAGAUUCACCGAUCGGCCGUCCGACCAGGCGCGGACGGUGAGUAAUAAAGUUUAGGGGAUGUAGCUGUGAUCUAUCGAACGGACAACGAACGGAUCGUGCGGAUUUAUAAUUUUGGUUGGCGGUUGUGGUCGUGCUCUGAAGUGACUUUCUAUUGCAGUACCGAUGACCUCAUAGAUCAGCGGACGUGCGGUGGGGCGGCGGGAAGGCGGGAUCUACUGUACCUACAUAAAAGAUUGAGGCUGCACGGCCUUUUGCUAGCCGGGUUUUCCGCGCGCAAAAAUGUUCUAAGGCUCUUUCAUAAUGCGCGUUCGCGCCAAACAAAAAAAAAAAAAGCUCAAUCGCUUUUGCGUAAGAAAUACCUCCUACGAG